UCAAUAAUGUCGGACAAGAAGCUUGAAAAGCAGCAAAGCGAUACAAAGAACAUCACUCACGAUAUUCCAGGGAAAUCCAUAAGCCAUGUAUCCUGUGAAGAGCCGCGAAUCCUCUCCGAGCUUGGCAAAACCGUUGUGCCGCCCGAGGCGUAUCCUUUCAAGGGCACUCUCCGCCAGCUGAUCUGCUCCAUUCAAGCCAAGAUGCGUCCCAGAGACUCCAGUAAGCUGCCACGUGCGGAGUUGUCAUGCCUUGUUCGUCAUGGAGACGUGGUUCUACGAAGACUGCGUCGGCUCCUCGACAGUCGACGCCGAUUCAUUGAAUUUAAACCUAUGAUGCCCUUGCAGGAGGCCAUCGCACAGGAGCUGGCCCAGGAGUUGGGCUGCCAGACGAGGUUCUACAACGGCUGGGAUGAGAGCCGAUAUAUGGUCGCCUACCGGCCCGGCGUUGAGCCAAAUGCCUUUGAGCUGCGGGCUCGAGGAAUGUGCCAAAAGGAAAGGGACUUCGAGAACUUCAACUUGGAGGAGGCGAUAGAGUUCCGGCUGGAGCCGAUGUCUUUUCGGAAUGACAAGCUCCAUUGGCAUCAGCCCAUAAAGUUGAACUAUCGCCAGAUGGCGGCGAACUCUCCUCAGGAUUCCCUUUCUUUGGGCAAGAAAAUCCUAGAAAAGUUUAAAGGAAAACUUUAA